GCUAAUCUGAAGGCCACCCGUCGUUUGCCGAAGGUUGUCGAAUAUGGUUGAGAAGACUGAGGAUUUGAAGAGCUCACUAACAAAUUUGGUUAACGGUUUAGGGUACAUUUUGUCUGAUCGUUUACGAAAUGUAGAUGGCGAUUUCGAUUUUGAGUUGUCUCUCACUGCUUCAUCUGAUCUGGACACACGAUUCAUGCUGAUGCUUGACAGGUAUAUAAUGCCUGGGUCUAACACAGACGAUUCCAUACCUGUUAAGAAUGCCUGGGUGAAGUUUGCCGCAAUGGCCUCUGCAUACGUCUACAAAAAUGUUGGUGAAUCGGUUUCCAAACCUCUUCGAAAAUGGCUGGCGAAUGCUGCCAGUGCUGCAAUUCUCGCUGGACUACUUGCAGAAGUGCCCGAAUCGUCGGAUUCAAAUGAACGAUCUGCUUCUGAUGGAGAGACAUCUGUCGAAAAUAUCUCCGCACCUGACAGAGUAGUGGAGAAUCGUCAAGAUGGUGCCUGGUACUAUGGCCGUUGGACCGUUGACAAUGUUGCUAGCAGUUGUGAACUGAUGGAUGUGAUCGAUGUUGAAAUGACAGAUGCAUGUAUUCGAGUGAUGAUUGCUGCUGUUGUUAAUUAUUUCCAGGAGAACAGAUUCGCUCCAUGUGGUUUGUUGAGAGACAGUUAUGCAAGUGCGAUACUGAGAAGUGAUCUAAUGGAUAGGUAUGGGUUGACAGACGAACGUGACAAAAUUGAAGCGAUGCGUAUUACUGGUAGUUGGGUCUCGAAACUGUAUGUGUUUCACAUGGCGACGAAGCAUCGUGAUUUGGAACAUUCAAUCAGACCUAUAAAUAAUGUUGGUUUGGUGCGUCCUCUGAAACUAGAUAUCAGUCAGUGUUUCGAGGACUUGACAGCUAGAUUUAUCCGUACACGAAUCGCACAUCAGAUUGCCAGUCGAAUGGUGCGAUCUGUGUGUAUAGUGUUUUUUGAAGAUUUGAAUGAAUUGAUUGAGUUGCGGAAGCUGUACCGUCAAAUAUCCGGUGAUCCAUUUUAUUAUCACUCUGACUGUGAAUAUUUGACGAAAUCAUCUGGACCGUCAGUCAGUGACAAAAUGAGUAGUAUAUUUGGUCGAUUGGUCACCUAUUUGAGUGUUUUUGAGCCGAAUAGUGAACUGUUUGAUUAUCCGCAGUUGAAGAUGAAUGGUAGGACUCGAGAACAACACUAUGUUGAUUACAGUAAGAAUUGGAAGAAGAUACUGGAGACGAUUUAUACAGAGUUGUAUAUGCCAAGUGGAAGUCAUUUAUUGGAUGUACUUAGAAGUAGAUGCAAGAUUGCAGAAAAUAUUCCACAAAAUGAAGAACUUUUGAGAGAAUGUUGGAAUGAAUAUGGUGUCGGUUGGAAUAUUUCGGAGUUUAUUUUCCGAUAUUCACUUAAUCGUUAA